AUGGCCACCGACCACCUCACCGUGUACCCCCUGCCCACGCUCGACCGCCUCGGCGUCGCGGCGUCCGCGCUCCCCGAGGCGCCCGACGUCCCCGCGAUCGUCGGCGCGUGGCUCACCGCGCUCGGUGCCGCUGCCUCCUCGCCCUCGCCCGACAUCUCGGGGCUGUUCAUCCCCGACUCGCACUGGCGCGACAUCCUCGCGCUCACGUGGGACUUCCGCACGUUCAACGGGCGCGACGCCGUCCAGGCCUUCGCGGCCGACCGCCUGAAGCUGGUCGACGCGGGCAGCAUCAAGCCCGUGCCCGGCGCGAUGCUGAUGAAGCCGAUGCCGGACCUCGUGUGGAUCAACGCGAUGUUCAGCUUCACGACCGCGCAGGGGAUUGCCUUCGGCAUCGUGCGGCUCGUGCCGGCGAGCGCGACAGAGUGGAAGGCGCACGUGGUGUUCACGAACCUGGAGAACCUGAAGGCGCACCCCGAGCAGAUCGGGGCGCUCAGGGACGGCGCGCCGAACCACGGGAAGUGGGUGAGCGGGCGCGAGAAGGCGCUCGCGGCGUACGAGACGGAGAGCCCGACGGUGCUCGUGAUCGGCGGCGGCCAGAGCGGGCUGAACCUCGCAGCAAGACUGAAGGUGCUCGGCGUAAGGACGCUGAUCGUGGAGAAGAACGCGAGAAUUGGAGAUAACUGGCGCGAGCGGUACGAGGCGCUGUGUCUGCACGACCCCGUGUGGUACAACCACCAGCCGUACUUCCCCUUCCCGACGACGUGGCCGGUGUACACGCCCGCGAAGAAGCUCGGCAACUGGCUCGAGAACUACGCGGAUGUGCUCGAGCUGGACGUGUGGACGGCGGCGACGGUGCUCUCCGCCGCGCCUGAUGCCAAUGGCCGCUGGUCCGUGACGGUGUCGCGCGCCGGGAAGCCGGACCGGACCUUCACGGGCGUGCCGCACGUGGUGUUCGCGACGGGGAUCGGCGCGGGCGAGGGCCGCGUGCCCGAGUACCCCGGCGCGGGCGAGUUCAAGGGGACGAUCAUCCACUCGACGCAGCACAAGCGGGCCGCGGACUUUGCGGGGAAGAAAGUGGUUGUCGUCGGCGCGUGCACGUCCGCGCACGACAUCGCGAGCGAGCUCGUCGAGCAGGGCGUCGACGUCACGAUGUACCAGCGCUCGCCGACGUACGUCAUCUCGCAGAAGACGCUCGCGCAGCACAUGAUGCGGCCUAUCUACUGGGAGGGCGGCCCGCCCACCGACGUCGCGGACAAGCUCGCCGCGAGCUUCCCCCACCUGGCGAGCAUUGAGCUGAAUAGGCGCCGCACGAGCGCGCUGGCGGGCGCGGACAAGGCGCUGCUCGAUGGCCUCCGCGCACGGGGCUUCAAGCUGAACAACGGCGUGAUGGACGCGGGGCUGCUGAUGAGCGCGGUCACGCGGGUCGGCGGGUACUACAUGGACGUCGGCGCGUCGCAGCUCAUCAUCGACGGCAAGAUCAAGCUCAAGGCCGAUUCGCUGCUCGCGUCCUAUACCCCGACUGGUCUCUCCUUCGAGGACGGCAGCGCGCUGGAUGCCGACGUCGUGAUCUACGCGACGGGCUUCGGGGACGUGUCAGCGUUCAUCCGCAAGCUGUGCGGGGACAAGAUCGCGGACACGAUCCGGCCGGUGUGGGGGCUCGACAAGGAGGGCGAGAUGAACGGCGCGUGGCGCGACCUCGGCGUGAAGGGCCUGUGGUACAUGACCGGCAACCUCAGCAUGAGCCGCUUCCACUCCAAGCACGUCGCGCUCCAGAUCAAGGCGAUCGAGGAGGGCAUUCUCAAGGACGGCGAGCGGUACAGCCUUGCGUGA